AUGAAAUAUAUUAGAUGUGAAGAUAGAGUUGAUUAUAGUAGUAAUAAUAAACAAAAUAUGUUACACAUAGAGAGAAAGAAAACAGAUAAACUUGAUUUGUUAAAUCUUUUUUCGAAAUAUUACACUGGUCCUUAUUAUUUAACUUAUGGUUACUACACGGGAGUCGAUGAAAAUCAACGAUUGAUUCAACAAUUGAACUCACUUAGAGAAGAUGUAAGAAACUGUCAAGACAUCACUGAAACCUCCAAAGAAAUGACUUGGAAAUACUAUUCACUAUUGAACAUAGUUGAAAGUAACUGUCCAAUCAAUCAAUCAAAUUAUGCUAUUAAUUUCAUAUGGAGUGAUGCAUUGAAACAAAAGAAAUAUACGAUCGGUAGUAUUUACUUUGAGAUGGCAUCGGUUCUCUUCAACUACGGUAGUAUAAUGUCUCAGUUGGGUGUCUCACAGAAUCGAUCGACUAUCGAGGGUAUCAAGAGGAGUUACAAUUUCUUUCAGAUGAGUGCCGCUAUGCAAGCCAGUGCCUACUAUGAUGUUAUCUAUCAUCAUACAAAUUCAAAUGGUUUGAGAAACCUCAUUGAUAGAUAUUGGACAUCGAUAUCUUACACCAAGAGUCUUUUAUUUAAAGCGAUUGCCAAUUACAAGGUUGCCAUCGACUUGGAGAUGUCUGCAAAGUUUGGAGAGCAAGUCGCUCGAUUAUCACAUAGUUUUGACUCUAUAACACAAGCCAAGGCCAACAUUCCAAAGAAUGCACCAAUUGAAUUUAAAGAGAAUAUUGAAAAGUUAUUAACUUUAAUAACUAAAUCUUAUGACGUUGCCAAAAGAGAUAAUGAAACAAUCUAUCAUGACUCCGUUCCACCUCCACAUAAAUUGUAUCCGAUCGAGAAGAAAGCAAUGGCUAAACAUAUGAAUUUGCCAGAGUUGGUUCCUAAAGAACAAUUGAUACCACCAUCAAAAUCGCAGGUACAAUCAUCUCCUUCAAAGCCACCAGCAGAUAUUCCAUCUUCAUUAAAUAAAUCGUCUUCCUCAAUACCAUCAUUAGCACCAACAACCUCUUCACCUUGUAAAGAGACCCAAAUAGUCUCAAGCUCUCCAACUACUCCUGAGAAACAACCAAUCCAAAUGACAUCCAAUACAACUCCAUCACCAACAACACCUUCUACAGCAACAAUAGCAUCAUCAUCAACAACAUCAACUAUACCACCAACACCAUCCCCAGCAACAACAAUAACAUCAUCAUCAUCAUCAUCAUCAAGAACACCCACUCAAAUAGAGAACAAUGUAACCAAUAAAGAAGAUAAUAAGGAGAAAUGUAUUGAAACAAUUACAUCCGAACAAGAACAACAAGAAAAACAAGACGAUUAUCAAAAGAUUGAAGUACAAUGUCAAAUUGCACGAUCAACAGAGUAUGAAAUACAUAUAAUUCACUCUUAA